GCCCCAGCGACACGGUUCGCCUCCUCAGCCAAAUGGCCGCCUGCCUCCCUCCCAUCGCUAUCAUUAUUAUUAUUUUGCCUCAGGAGAAAGUAGGGACCUUCAGGGCCUGAGGGACCCUAUGGCCUCGCGAUUAAAUUUUCGUUCAGUUCCCAUGUUUCUAGAGGAUGCCUGAAGAAUGACACACGUCCUUUGGAAAGACUGCUUAGAUUAGAAUAAAAAUCGAUAAAGUCUCAGGUAGACGUCAAAGGGGAAUACCUACCACCGCUCUGAUGCUAAAGGACUUUAUCUUACCAAUUAUGGAAGCAGAUGGCUGGGAGUGGCUGGUUGCUCCAGUCCAGAAGCUAAUAUCCUGGGGUGCAUCUGCAGCUAUGGUGUUUGGAGGUGUUGUACCAUACAUCCCCCAGUAUCGAGAUAUUAAAAGGACACAGAAUGCAGAAGGCUUUUCAACCUACGUGUGUUUAGUAUUAUUAGUGGCAAACAUUUUAAGGAUACUCUUUUGGUUUGGGAGGCAUUUUGAGUCUCCUCUAUUGUUGCAGAGCAUUAUAAUGAUAAUCACAAUGUUAUUGAUGCUGAAACUGUGCACUGAAGUACGCGUAACAAAUGAUCUGAAUAUUAAACGGCGCUCCUUUUCAGCUGCAGAUAGUAAAGAUGAAGAAUUCAAAACACCACCCAAGAGAUCCUUUCUGGAUUUUGACUUGAACUAUUUCUGGCACUGGAACAAGUUUACAGAUUAUGUGCAGUGUGUUCUGGUGUUCACUGGAGUUACAGGAUACAUCACUUACCUUUCUCUUGACUCAAUGAUCUUUGUUGAAACACUUGGCUUCCUUGCUGUAUUUACUGAAGCCAUGCUGGGUAUCCCGCAGCUCUACCGUAACUACCAGAAUAGAUCAACUGAAGGAAUGAGUGUUAAGAUGGUGCUGAUGUGGACCAGCGGUGACACCUUCAAGACUGUGUACUUCCUUCUGAACCAGGCUCCCUUCCAAUUCUCUAUCUGUGGACUUCUUCAGGUCUUUGUGGAUAUGGCCAUUCUGUUGCAGGUUUACUUCUACAGCUGUUACCCACAGAAGCCAAUCUCACACAUGACACAUCCAGCCAGUACAAAGGCACUUUAAAGCACAAAGUGGAGGCAGCUAUAAGUCCAAAUGUUUGGAGCCAGGCUUGCAACUUCACUUCUUCUAACAGAGGCAUUUCUGAUACGUUGGAAAUACAUGGAAACCUAUAAGGGUACCAUAGCUGGCAUUGCUUUUAAUUAUUUACUUUCCUUGGGUUGCAUACUCAUUGACAUGGAUUUUCAUAUUUAGGACUCUCAUCCCCUACUUUUUCACUAUGUUUGGAUAUAUCUGAAUUUGAUUCACUUUAUAUUUGUGCAUGUGUAUGCAUCACAAGGGCUGGAUAUUGCUGUUUUCAAUGCUGUUUUUUAAAAAGCUCAGUCACAAGAACCAGAGUAUUUUGUCUGAAGCUUUAACUAUUUAUAUAAAAUAUGUACAUGAGUAGUUUUGGAAUGUGUUAUAUUUCAGAUAUGACUGAUGAAGGCAAUAUAUUCACCAUAAGUGAAAAUGCAAGAUCAUUUUUUUUAAAUGAUAGGUAUGGUUGAUCAAGGGGGGGGGAUGCUGAAAUUAGGGAAGAGAGGGGUUUGUAAAUGAUGUAAAGAAAUGUAUUUUGUUCAGCGUAAAUGUAUUAUUAACAUAUAUACCUGCACACUGCUGGACCAGUGUGGUCAAUGAAUAUAUAUUAAAAUGAGUAAUGCUUAUAAUGUGUAAUGCUCUGGUCAGUGGAAAAAUACAAAUCAGAAGUUAACAUCUGGUUAACUGGUAUUAAGACAGCUAGAAAGGAAGAAGUCUAAUAUCUAGUGUAGUAGCUGUCUUGUUCAAACAGCUCUGCUCAUUAGAGGGCUGAGGAGGAAUGUAAGGAGCAGAAAAAUCCUGUAGAGGCAUUGUUAAAAGAACCAGUGAUGGAUUUAUGACAACAGUGAUGUGAAAGUGGUAAAACCAGAAAGUGUGUAACCUGGGACUCAUCAAUAUGUUUUAUGUCUGUAUACUUCUUGGAUGGAAAACCCAGUAAAGUUGAUUAGCUGUGUGUUUCCCAUUGUGGACACAGUAAAAUGUCUUGGCAGAUAGGGGCUUUAGCAGUACUAACCAAUGGACCAUCAGUACAACUACAAAUUCAGCUAAAGGAAAGUAUGUGGGUAGAUUUUUCUCAAAAAAUGUAAUGGUACAUAAAGCUAGGAAAGGCCCAUUAUGUGAAAGAUGAGCAGUAGCCUAGCAGAGGCCUACAAAGUUAGCUUCUUUACUAAGAGAAAAGCUGAAAGUGUAUUUUUUCUGAGUAUUAUUUAAUGCCAAAUGAAGCCAUUUUGUGUUCUGGGGAAAAUGUUUGCUGUAGCCAAAUACUGGAGAGGAAGAGAAGCAUAACUGUAAGCCCACUGAAGUACCACAGCUUGCUUAAUUUUAAAAAGUACCAUAGGCAAUGGCUGUGAUGGUGAAAGAAUGAAAAAGUGGGUGGUGAUCUAUAUUAUCUCUGUGCAGUAUAGAUGAGAGAUAAGGCAAAUCUGUAAGUAAAAUGUUUUUGUCACUUUCAGACUUACAUACAUCGUUUCCGGAGAACUUGAUCUGGAAUUAAAUUCAAGAACAGCUUGAAUUGUUCCAUUUUUCAAGCUCCUUGCUUUUGGACAGUUGCUAAAAGAAAUGCUUGCUUUGACCCCCAUGACGUGAACAUACAAUCGUGCUGUGCUUCAGGAACUGUUAUGUUUCCUCAAAAGAAAUCUGUGGUAGCUCAGAAACUUAGAUUCUUCAUUGUUUAAUGUAUUUUUUUCACUAUAAAUCCUGCAUGGGGAUGACAUUUCAGAUCAGCAGCAGACACCCUGUUAAAUUGUGCUACUUCCCUAAACUGUUCCAAAGAAUAAAUUACUUUGUGUGCCUGAAAAUGUGAUCCACAAAACCUGUUUCAGCUGGGCAUUCUCUGUGCUUGGUGCAUUUGGAUGUGCCAAAUCUCCUUUGUCCGUAAGAGACAAUUUCAUCAUGGUAAGAAAGUGAAAUCCUAUCAAGCAUUUUAGUUUAAUUUUUAUGAAGUUGUCAUUUGUCUUCUGUGUCUGUACAUUUGGCUUUCCAAAUUCUUCAUCUGUUAAGUACAGAGAAACCUCAAAACUGGCUGGGUUUUCCCUUCUACGAGUGAAACCUUCCAUGUCUGGCAGCUUGAAAGUGCAGGAAAUCAGCCCAUCUAUUACAACCAGUAAAAGGUUAGGCUACUUCCAUUGUACAGAAGCUUGUAGUAGAUUUCUUCGUAGCAUAUAAGAAAAACCUCAGGAAAGCUGCUUUUAUUAAAAACUUGGUGUGAAGUGCUAUGGUUGACCUCAGACUUUACGCUAUUGAUUGGCUCCCCUGCUUAUUCACUUAUGCCUGAAGUGACCUUACCAAGCUGAUUUUAUGUGGCAUGGCAGAAUAUGAAUGUUUAAUUGCUCUCCUUUUCACAAAUGUUCUGGCUGUGUUUGAACAUCUGGGCAUUUGUCUUUUAAAUUAUAAAUUUCCAUAAUUGUUAUAUUUCCCUGGUAUGCUGCUGCAUUUAGGAUUGUAUUUCUGCUUGUAUAACAGGAUAUCUUAUAACUUGCUAUGCUGGAUUUUAUUUUUGUAUUGGGCACUCCCCCCAAUUAUUUGAAAAAGGUUCAGGAUUAAGCUGAAUGCAUUCGUUUAGCCUGUACGUAUCUCACAUGUCUUCUUGUACAAGUAUCAUUGAAAGUAAAAUUUGUACUGUUUUCCUUUUUCUGGAGUGCCAUCUAUACAUUCCCUUCUGAAGAGAGUAUUCCAGAAAGUAAUCUCUGAACAUGAUACUAGAGGUGGCAAAAGCUGUAGGAAAAUUCAGUAGACUUGUGUGUAAAAGUACUACUUUUACUUCUGACAUUUUAAAAAAGCAGGAGUACAUAUUUGUGAACUUUGUUGAAUUUCAAAUUACAAGGCAUUUAGGGGAAGAAUCAAGUACUGUUUUAAGAUUUACACCAUUUAUCAUAUCUUGACCAACAUCAACUGAUCCCAGUGGGAUCACAGCUACCAACUGCCUGGGUGGGGAGACCAAUCAUCUGCAGAUUUCCUUUGGGAUCCCAGCACAGUGCUUUGUUAUGUGAAAAGCUCCUGUGACCUCUGCCCACAUGGAUGCAUCAUCUAAAACAUUCUCUCAGCCACAGGGGAGCUGCUCAUAUAUAUGCAGCUCCCACACAUCUGGGAGAACAUCAAAAGAGCACCUCAGUUAUUAAGACCCAUGUCCUUUAAUACAUUGCAAAUAUUUUUCCAUAGAGAGAAAUCUUUAAAUGGUGAUCACACCAGAGUUGGGAUGUAAGUAAAUUUUAAAUGUACCUCUUUACUGAAUGUAUGGAAUAUUUCAAGAGCACUCAUUUUGAUUAUCAGUUGCAUUGUUUCAUUUAAAAAAAAAUAAACCAGUUAUGUACACAUUUA